AUGGCUCCACAGCUAAAGCAAAUUUCCCGCAAACAUUACUCCGAAGAAGAUAUUGCUCGUUGUAUCGAGGCCAUCGAUUCCGGGAUGACGGUUUACGCAGGUUGCAAACAGUUUGGGAUUCCGAUGUCCACUAUCGUUUACAGGAGGAGUGGACAUUGGAAACAAAAGUGCAAUCCAGGACCAUCCCCUGUGCUUUCAAAACAAGAAGAGCAGCAAAUUGUGAACUGGUUAAACGGACGCAAAUGGAUGGCUGGUUUUAUGCGCCGCAAUCCCGGAUUUUCUAUCCGCACACCAGAAGCGGUAUCCUUAGCGAGCGGUCGGGUAACUGAGAAGGAUAUUCGUGGAUGGUUCCAGGUUGUAGACAACUGGCUUACUGCAAAUCAAAUGCGCGAAAUAUUAAAGGACCCAACUAGGGUUUUUAACGGGGAUGAAACCUCUUUUUAUAUGCAUCCCAAAUCAAAGGAGGUCAUUGCCCGUACAGGUUCCCGCAACGUGUAUGAAAUCGAGCAAGCUCCCGGAAAGCAAAAUAUAACAGUAGUGUUUACCUUUGGAGCAUCUGGUGUCGUUGUAAACCCACAUGUGAUUCUCCCGGGGAAACGACUCCGAAAAGAAGUGGCCCAAAGCUUUCCUUCACAAUGGGGUUUGGGUCAAAGUGAGCGCGGAUGGAUGGAUACUAAUAAUUUCCGUGAGUACAUAGUUAAAAUUUUUCACCCGUUUCUUGUGGGACUCGGUGUACAGUUUCCAAUAAUCUUGUUUGUUGAUGGGCAUACGUCCCAUAAAGCAUUGGAAAUAGCGGAUGUAUGCCUAUCACUGGGAAUUGUUUUGAUAUCGUUGUAUCCAAACACCACCCACAUCACUCAACCUGCCGAUGUAGCAGUAUUUAAGCCUUUAAAAAGCCAAUGGAAACGAUCAGUUGAAGAGUGGAGAUUUGAGAACCAAGGAUGUGUACUUACAAUGCAGCACUUCGGAAGCGUUCUUGAAAAAACUGUUAAAAAGGGAAUUACGUCUGAAGCAAUCCAGAAUGGAUUCCGGUUGUGCGGAUUACAGCCAUUUGAUCCGAAUGCUUUGGAUUAUACCAAGUGCAUUGGUAAGGCAUCGUCUAAAGCAGCUGAACCGCCAGGAACUGUGGAAACAUCUGAAGCAACCGUUUCAUUUCCUGUUUCUCUACCAUUGAACAAUAGAGAACCCGAACGUACCACCAUGCAGAACUACGGUGCUGAACAUACCGUGAGCAUCAGUCUCGACAGAGUUGUUCAAGCAUACGACUUGAUUGGUUCACAAACUGUAGCUAAAAUCGAAGGUGACAUCAACCAGCUUACACGUGAGGAACGGAUUAUUCGUUAUUUGUACCGAGAGUUUAUUCGUCCUUACAUUAGCUUCCAUGAACAGUCAACAUUCAACGAAACUCGUAUUUCAUCUGACGUUCAGGUCGAUUCUAAUGUAACGCGUACUAUUGAAUCUAGCGAUGCACAUGUUUUGCCAUCUUCGUCGACCAUGAGUAUUGACAUCAAUAAUUGUGAAGUCGUUUACGAAGAGGAUAUUGGUACCUGCUACACGAAGCUUCCACAGGUGGUCGAGUUGGUUCAAACAGUAGAUGAUAAUCAGAAGAAAGCAAAUAAAAGCACUGCUGACUACGAUGAAUGUGAUAUGAUGAGUGACGAAGUUGUUGCUAAACAGCAGGAACUAGACAACGUGACUCAGCUGAAUAAUUUUGAAAAUGGUAUGGCUUCAGAUGAUAACAAAAUCAACAACACUCCCGUUCAGUUUGAUAAUGUGCUGCAAGAAGUAACAAACAAGGAUCAGGCUCUUGUCAAACGCAGACUUUCUGAUGUGUUGAGGCUACCACCCACGCCUCGUCGUUGUUCAAAACAUCGCAAUUACGCAAAACAGUUCCAACCCGUUCUUACAGCUGGAGAACGUCUCGAAGCAAUUCGUAAGAAAGAAGAAGAAAAAGAGGAAAAAGAGCGGCAUAAGAAACGAAGAGCUAUGGAACGUGAAGAUGCAAAACUGAAACGGGAAAUACUCAAAAUCUAG